AUUGUUCUCGGUGCCCCACGGGCUUGAGCUGAGGUGAAUGCGGAGGGGCCGGACCGAGCCCGGGGGCGCUUCAGCUCGCGGAGCCGGGGUGUGUGCGGACUCGGGUCGCGGGAGAGGUCUGCCCUUGGGAUUUGAGGAAAGCAGCGUCUUCUCACAGAGCCUGGCUGGAGAAGACGAGGGGCGAGUCUUGAAGCCCACGUGGUUGAUGGCUGCCGAAGUGCCAAGCAUGAGCACUGCCCUGAGCUCCUCAGUCCAGGUGCCUCUGGAGGCAGAUGAACAGGAGGAGGAGGAGGAAGCCACCCCCGUGCUCCUGGAGGAUGACUCCUGGGUGCAGGAAGCCGUGCUGCAGGAGGACGGCCCUGAGUCGGAGCCCUUUGCCCGGUGUGGCGGCAGGGGCAGCCCGCGGGAGGAGAUGGCGCCUGGGGCAGCACGGGGGGCCCUGGGCCGCCUCCGGGAGCUCUGUCGGCGUUGGCUGAGGCCAGAGACUCACACCAAGGAGCAGAUGUUAACUGUGCUGCCUAGGGAAAUCCAGGCCUGGCUACAAGAGCAUCGGCCGGAAAGCAGCGAGGAGGCGGUGGCCUUGGUGGAAGACUUGACCCAGAGUCUUCGGGACAGAGAUUUUGAGACGCAGAGAGAAAACGGGGAGGACUUGAAUCCAGGCACCUAUGAGGAUGCGGAAGUGCCCAACACGGAGAGCCACUGCGAGAGGGGCUGUGGCUCCCGGGGUCCCCGAGGAGGUGGCCCCCGUGGGGACGCCAGCCAGCUCAUAGGCCUUCAGGGCACCUACCUGGGCGAGAAACCGUAUGAGUGUCCCCAGUGCGGGAAAAGCUUCAGCCGGAAGUCCCACCUGGUCACCCACGAGCGUACCCACACGGGUGAGAAGUACUAUAAGUGCGAUGAGUGCGGGAAGAGCUUUAGCGACGGCUCCAACUUCAGCCGGCACCAAACCACCCACACCGGGGAGAAGCCCUACAAGUGCAGGGACUGUGGGAAGAGCUUCAGCCGCAGCGCCAACCUUAUCACCCACCAGAGGAUCCACACAGGCGAGAAGCCCUUCCAGUGUGCCGAAUGCGGCAAGAGCUUUAGCAGGAGCCCCAACCUCAUCGCCCACCAGCGCACGCACACCGGGGAGAAGCCCUACUCGUGCCCCGAGUGCGGCAAGAGCUUCGGCAACCGCUCCAGCCUCAGCACGCACCAGGGCAUCCAUACGGGUGAGAAGCCCUACGCGUGCAAAGAAUGCGGCGAAAGCUUCAGCUACAACUCCAACCUGAUCCGGCACCAGCGGAUCCACACGGGCGAGAAGCCCUAUGCGUGCCCCGAGUGCGGGCAGAGGUUCAGCCAGAGCUCGGCGCUCAUCACGCACCGGCGCACACACACCGGUGAGAAGCCCUACCAGUGCGGCGAGUGCGGCAAGAGCUUCAGCCGCAGCUCCAACCUGGCCACGCACCGCCGAACGCACCUGGUGGAGAAGCCCUACAAGUGCGGCACGUGCGGCAAGAGCUUCAGCCAGAGCUCCAGUCUCCUCGCACACCAGGGCGUACACACCGGCGAGAAGCCCUACGAAUGCCGGGCGUGCGGCGAGAGCUUCAGCUGGAGCUCCAACCUGGUCAAGCACCAGCGCGUGCACACCGGCGAGCGGCCGCACAAGUGCAGCGAGUGCGGCAAGGGCUUCAGCCAGCGCUCACAGCUUGUGGUGCACCAGCGUGUGCACACAGGCGAGCGGCCCUACCAGUGCGUCCUGUGCGGCAAGAGCUUCAGCCGCGGCUCCAUCCUCGUCAUGCACCAGAGGGCACACCUGGGAGACAAGCCCUACCGGUGCCCUGAGUGCGGCAAGGGCUUCAGCUGGAACUCGGUCCUCAUCAUCCACCAGCGAAUCCACACCGGCGAGAAGCCCUACAAAUGCCCCGAGUGUGGCAAGGGCUUCAGCAACAGCUCCAACUUCAUCACCCACCAGCGGACUCACAUGAAGGAGAAACCGUACUGAGGGCAAGAAGGGAGAGGCAGGGCCCUGCCCCCGAGCCCUUCUUCCUCAGCCUUCCCUGGGGUAUCCUGUUGUCACGGUCAGCACCCUUCUCUGUUUGCUGGGGCACUGGCACUGUGCCGGUCAGCCCAAUCAGCCAUGCUCAGGAAAAGAGCACAGGAGCCAGAUGUUGGAAAAGCUGCAUCUUUUGUUAUGUUCCACGGCUUGGGUGUUCCUUUCCUCCAAUUCUCCCGUGCCUCAGUUUCCUCUUUGGUGUGGAGGGGAAUGUUUGUGUGGGAUGGAAGAUGGCAUGGCCCACUGUGUGGGCUGCAUCCUCAGAGAAUACCAGAACUGUUUGUGUGGUUCUGGUUGUUUUGUCAGCACUGAGCUGGGCUCUGGUGCCCUCACUCUAAGCUGCCAGCAUUCUGUGGCCCCUUGCCCAUGGCAGAUCCUGUUUUCCUGCCCAUAGAGUCUUGGGCUUUGGUAUCAGGCCAUGAGGGAGGAGUUUCUGCAGUUCUGAGGCCGGUGCAUGGAGGUCAGCUCUCCAGAGCACAGAAACAUAAGUGGCCGGCAUCUGGGGCCUAGUGUACUUUCUGCAAUCAGGAGUCAGGACCUACCAGGAAGAGCUGCACUGAGGCAAUCACAGGCCUACCUUUGUAGGUCAGCUGCCAGAGGAACAUCCUAGCCCCUGGGGCUCACGUGUGCAAGUAUGAGACCCCCAACUACCUGCUGGGGUGGGUGAUCUCAUCCAGGGAUUGGAUAGUCCCACUCCCUACAAAUGUGUAUUCCCUAGGCACUUGGGACCUCCCUGCUGUUUUUACAUUGUAUAUGCAGACUUAGAAUUCUGUUGGGUAGCUUCUGUUUACCAAGACUUGACUUCUAAGGAAGUGCUGAUUUUGAUAAUGUCAGAGCAUCUGGAGCCAUCUGGGCUUAAAGCAGGAGUUUGUCCUGCAGAUGUCACCACCAACCUUGGGAGGCCGCCAGGGCUUUGUCCUGAGCCUUGU